AAUGCAAGUAGGGAAGGCAAGUGUGGAUGAUAUAACGGUUCCUGAUCGCCAGAAAACGUCCAACUCGUGGAUAGCAGAUUCAGUGACUGAAAUUAAACUGAAAAAGAACAUAUGUAGCGGUCUGACGGGAUACAGUAGCACAUUUUAUAGAAAUAUUUCAAGUUUUUUUCCGGAGUAUCUAAUUCUAAAUGGGGAAAUAAAGUCAUUUAAUGGGAGUUAUGAUGUUAAUUCUAUUAUAGCUGACUUUACGAUUCAUGGUACACCUUGUUCAAAUUAUUCCUUAAUCAUAAAGUUCGAACACCUGUUGGGAAAGUACACCAAACCAUUCUGUGGACAUUGGAAUUUUAGUACUCCGAAUACUGUAAACGGAGCUUGGUCGUCGUAUGGUUCACAAGUUGUUGAUGCUUCAGAUUCUUAUACGAUAUGUGAAUAUAAUCACACCACCAAUUUUGCUAUAUUGAUGAGUCCAGGAAAGACACCAUCCUCUCACCAUGAUCCACUAAGCUAUACAUCAGCCAUCGGAUGCGGAGUGUCCAUUUUGUUUCUAGUCAUUACAAUUCUGAUCCAUUUCGUCCUUUGGAGGUACUUGGGAAAUGAUAGAACAAAAACACUGAUGAACUUAUGUGUGGCAUUAAUUCUGUCGUAUAUAAUAUUCUUAGCAGGCAUAACACGAACAGAGAAUAAAAUAGUAUGUUCAGCAAUUGCAGUUGCUCUGCACUAUAUUUUCCUGACAGACUUUGCUCUGAUGCUUGCUGAAGGUAUUCAGAUAGUUAGAAUGGUGGUCAUUGUUUUCCCAACCAAAUCCAUAGUUCCUAAGCUGAUACCUGCAUGUUGGAUUGUUCCGGCUUGUAUAGUUGGAAUUUCUGCCGGUGUGACUAAACUUAAAGGAUAUGGCAAUGACCAAUUUUGUUGGCUAACCCUUGAAUCUAACCUCAUAUGGGCAUUUAUUGGACCAGCGUUGCUUGUAAUCGUGAUUAAUUUCGUCAUCAUCAUUAUAACAGUGUACAAAAUGAUGACCAGUAGAGGGCUGGCUGCGAAAACAUUAAAAGUGAAAUCUAAAAUUGGGUUAAAAAGUAUAUGUGUCAUCUUGCCGCUGUUUGGAGUAACGUGGGUACUAGGUGCUUUUUCUGUGAACGAUGAUCUGGUCAUUUUCCAGUACCUAUUUGCAAUUUUCAACUCACUUCAGGGUCUUUUCAUAUGUGUGUUCCACUGUUUCCUGAAUAAGCAGGUUAGACAAGGCUACCAACAAUAUCAGAGACGACGACACGCUAAUCGCAUGGAUUCGAAACAUUCUACUGAUUUUAGUAAUUUGGACCGCCCAAAAUCACGACUUAGCAUCAACGACAAUAGCCGGGCACAAGAGAAAUAAAUGAGAGAAUAUACCAGCCAAUUGAGUAGUCAAAUAUUUUAUAUUUGAUUCUUAGUGAACCAAUUCAGCUUAUUUGCAUAUGAUGAAUACGAAUAUGUUAUCCAAAAUUAAAGAUUGAACUUGUUCUUAAAAAGUUUCAAAAGUAGUUGAUAGCUGUAGU